AUGUUUGUACGUAGGGCAGGGAAGGCCGUCCUCCGGCUGGAAGCGCUCAGCCUUAACUGGCCUACGGCUGCCUCCAUCUGCCACGUCCAGGGCGCCAACCUAACCAUCUUGGACACUCCGGACCUCUUUCAAACCGUCUCAAAUGCCAUCAUCGAAUGGGGCUAUGACUACGACAUCUGGAUGGACCUGAGCAGCAUGGGUCAUGAUGACCUCUGGGUAUGGUUCAGCACGGGUCAGGCAAUCACUUAUGACAUGUGGAUGGAAGGAGAACCCACUGAGCCAGAAAUGAACCAUUGUGGGAUAAUGUCUUUUGACCCUAUCUCUGUUUCCUAUGGGUGGAAGGCGCUCAACUGUGGCCAAGAGACCUUUGCACUUUGUGAAAUCAGGCAACACUGAAUAAAACCUCCACUGACCCUGAAG